GCUGUUUUCAACUUUUUGUGUGGUUGUUUCACAAUAAACAAUGUCGAUGUUUACGUGAUAUUCUUUUAUUUUAUAAACUUAUUAAUUUUGAUAAGGGCUUUACAUGUUUUCAUUAUCAUACACAGAAGCAACCAUCUUAGUCAUGGUCAUCAUCAUCACUAGCACGACCAUAUUCUAUAUGGACCAAAACAGUUUCCACCACAUAAAACUGACAGUUUAUAAAAUGGAAACUAGGCUUCUCCACUCUUCUCCAUACCAAAACCCAUUUCUCCUCAUUUUCCUUUAAUUAAUUACAUUCUCCCCUAAACGAACAAAGAGUAAUUAACCAUAUAAUAUGCCUCUUAGGAUCAGACCCUUAUCUUUCCUCUUCCUCAUGCUCAUUGUUUGCUCUUCAUCAUUAGUGAAAGGCUUUGUCCAGCUUGAAGGCGCAAAGAUGCAUGAAAGUUUCAUGCUUUACAAGAGUGAGGAGGUGGAAGUGAAGAAGAUCUCGAGUCACAGGAAGUUGAUGUUCCACUCGACUACGGACUACGACGACGCAGGAGCCAACCCUAAGCACGACCCAAGAAGGAGGCCCGGAGGCAAGCCUUGAACUAUUCAACAUACGAUUCUCUCUCGCUCUCUAUAUAUAAAUUAGCCUAUAUAUAAACACAUGCACUAGUAUCUAUAUAUAUGAGUGUAUGUAUCCUAUUCUGACAUUUUGUUUGGAUGAGAUCGUUGUACACUACCCUUCGGAAACGCUUCGUGAAAGGGGGACUAGUUUUCUUUACAUAUACUAAACAAUGAAUGAACUAUUAUCAUCUUAUUUUAUUGACA